AUGACAAUGCCGAAGGGCCUCGAGUCUUCGCACGCCUCGGCUCUGAGGGAUCAGCUAGAAAAGCUUCGAGAAUUACAGUAUCCCAGUGCAGAUCUUGCUUUGGAUGGCGAUAGUCUUGACGUCGCUACUGUAGUCGCUGUUGCUCGUCAUGGACUUACACCUCACGUCAAGAACGACCCGGAAAUCCAGAAGAGGAUUCUCCAGAGCAUCCGGGUCCUUGACCACCACAUCGAUAGCGGGUGGGUUGUGUACGGCGUCAACACGGGUUUUGGUGGGAGUGCCGACUCACGGACGGAGCAACUCAAGAAACUCCAAAUCUCGUUGCUACAGCACACGCAGAGCGCAAUCAUCACCGCCUCGGACUUGGCACGGGGCCAGAUCGACCAAGAUGGACAAUCACACGUCGUCCCCUCAGCCUGGGUGAAGGCCGCCAUGGUCGUCAGAGCCAACCAGAACCUUCGGGGCCACAGUGCCGUCAGGAUCGUGGUUGUCGAAACCCUCCUCAGCCUGAUCCAACACGACAUCACACCCAUGGUGCCCCUGCGAGGAACCAUCUCGGCGUCUGGAGAUUUAAUGCCUCUAUCCUAUAUCGCAGGAGCACUGGUCGGGGACCCCAAUAUCUCGGUCACCGUCGGAUCAGGCGAUGACAGGAAGGUCAUGCCCGCCUGCGAUGCCUUGAAGCAAUGCGGCAUCCAGCCCGUUGAACUGCAGCCGAAGGAGGGUCUUGGCCUGAUCAACGGAACUGCUCCCUCUGCCGCAUUGGCUAGCCUGGUCAUUCAUGAAGCGAAUCAACUUGCAGUAAUUGCACAGGCGCUGACGGGUUUCACUGCUGAUUGUCUUCUCGGAAACGUUGAGUGGGCAAACGAGUUCAUACACAGGAUCCGACCCCACACCGGACAGGUGGAAGCAGCACGCAACAUUCGAAGUUUCCUUCAGUCGUCGAACUUUGUGGUUGGUCUCGACACCAAGAAGCGGACUGGACAGGGCCUGUGGCAAGAUAGGUAUUCGACAAGGACGGCACCGCAGUGGAUAGGCCCCUACCUCGAGGAUCUUGCUCUUGCGCAACGCCAGAUUGAGGUGGAACUCAACUCGACAUCCGACAACCCAGUCAUUGAUAUCGGCACACACAACGACCAUGCCGCUGGGGAAAUUUACUCCGGAGGUAACUUUCAGGCAACUGCCAUCACUUCUGCCAUGGAUAAGACAAGAACAGCGCUCCAGAUGAUUGGCCGCAUGCUCUUUUCGCAGUGCUCAGAGCUGAUCAACCCAGCGACGAACAACGGCCUCGAUCCAAAUCUGGUCUUUGGAGACCCCGAUGAAUCUUACACCAUGAAGGGCAUUGACGUCAACAUGGGCGCUUACAUGUCGGAACUGGCAUCUCUUGCCCAUCCCGUCUCUUCUCAUAUUCAGUCGGCAGAGAUGCACAAUCAAGGCAUCAACUCCCUCGCUUUCCUCUCAGGCCGGCGGACUAUGGAAGCUGUCGACGUCCUCUCACACAUGUGCGCUGCUCACCUGUUUGUCUGCUGUCAGGCAGCUGACUUGCGUGAUUACCACGAAAGAUUUCUCAGGUCGACGUCCAUGUCCGCGAUUCUGAAUGAAAAUAAGUUAGGAUUGAACAGUGCUCAUCUGACGAAGUUGACCUUCGGUCUGGAUGACUUGACUCGGAGUUGGUGGUAUGAAGCAAACAAGCUCAGUCAUGUGCGGCGCUGCUCAUUUGUGGCCUCCAAAGUCACAUCUCACGUCAUGGAUCUCGUCAUGCAUGGAACAAUCGACUUCGUGUCAGUCAAGGCUGUUCUUGAUGUUCAAGAAAAGCUUCGUCAAAACAUGGAGGCAUGGUUGGAAGACCCAUCCAACAAUCCCACGACCAACGAGUCCAAAUCGGUAGACAUUGAUGCUGUGCAUCUCGAAGGGCUGGGUCAGGGGUCAGCACUCCUGUUCGGCAUUGUCCGUGGCAAACUGGGGCUUCCGUUCCAUCAGGGUCUCAGGGAAGUGCAGAGCAGCACCAUCGGCCACAGUAUCUCACGGAUCUACGAGGCAAUCCGACAGGGCGUUGUCGUUCCUGUGCUGAUGCCUUGCCUUGAGGCAGAUGGGCAGUCUCUGUCAGCGAGAGAAGAAACCCCAGCUAGCAGCGAUGCCAGCACUGGUUCGGUCAAUGGUACGGGAAACGUCUGA